AUGUCCUCAUAUUAUUUCACGGUCAUUGGCACACGUGAUAACCCGCUCUAUGAGCUAGAGUUCUCCUCGUUCAAAACUUCGUCAUCGAGUUCAGGCUACCCUGGUCAAUCAAACUUUUCCAGCAGGAUCAAAGAGCUUUUACCAUUCAUUACCAACGCAUCGCUAGAUCUCAUUGAGGAUGCUCAGUGGUCGACCAAUGCUUUCAACCUCGGCAAAGUCGAUUCUUUUUACGGAAUUCGUGUCAAUGGAUUCGUCACUCAAGGUAAUAUCAAAUUCGUGCUAUGCUACGACUCCAACGCUCCUGGUUCCAGCAGUCUAGAAUCCAUGAUGUCGUCCAACCUGACAUCAAGCAAGCACGAUGAAAAUGUCAUAAAACAGUUCUUUGCGGAGGCCUACGACUUGUACGUGCAGACGCUACUAAAUCCAUUCUACCUGGUCAAUGAUCCGAUUGUCUCACCCGACUUCGACUGCCGUUUGAAACUUUUGGCAAGAAAAUACUUGUAA